CUCCUCGACCAGGCCUUGACUCUUCUUGUUUGAGACAAGAGAUAGGACUCCUGAACACUUUGUCUUCUAGGCCCUGAGUUAUCCUGCAAAGGUGUCCUUUUUUCCCAUCUUGCAGCCAUGUACGCAGGAACUCCCUCGCGAGCCCGCGGCACAGAUUCUUCGCAUUGACAGCCUUCCCGGCGGCAGUCCGAGUCAGGAUAUUGGAUAACAAAUGAAUUCAUGUCUCGGUCUUGCAGAUCUAUUUCCAUACAGUAACAUCUAGAGCUAUGUUUCGGUUCGCAAAUGCCAUCCCAUCUCUUAGGGGAGCGACCAAUUCUGCACUCGAGAGCAAUGCAAACUCUGUAGAUGAGGCAGAGGACCACGUUCCCCCACUAAACACCAUCCCUCCCAACAACAACAACCACGACCCGACUCUCAUCCAAAGCAUGCCUCCUUGGGCAAGAGAGUUGAACGAUGCACGAUCCAACAGGCACAGCCGAGCCUCGUCGGUGGUCUCCACCCAGUCCAAGUUCACCACUACGACUCUGCAAGAAGAUGCGCGCAGCAUCGAUAUCAAUGUCGGCGGCCAGUACUUCCGGAUCAGUCGGGAUGGUUCGCGAAUUACAGCUGAUGCUCCACCGCCAUACACUGGCUGGGCUGACACGAUACGCUUCCCAGGAGACCGAGCAAGCGAUGUGGUGAGCUUGGAUAGUCGCAUUGAAGUGGACAGUCAAGAUGUCGACGAAGACGAUUUGGAGGACGGAGCAGUUACUCCGAGGUCAACAUUCACCGCCAUCGACCAUGAUGCUGGUGUGCGAGCCAAUAUCCUGGAUCCGACCGAGCUUGAGAUGCCCUCACCGGUAGGACAUGAUCAGCUCAACAACCGCUCAUCCUCGGCCACCCUCAUCAGUGACAGAAGGACCACCGGUUCUGCUGGGGGGCUCGACCAAGGCCUGUUGAGUGGAGAGGACCCAGAGAUUCUGCCUGGUCCGAACCCAGGCCAUCACAGAAGGAGGGUGGUCUCAGAAGAUCUCAUGCUCGACAGGACGGAUCAGUUGCCACGGUCAUCACCGUCGAGAAGGACGCCUCGGGGACGCCUCCCUCGACUUAUCACGUCUGGCGAGAUUUCGCGGCUCAGCCAUCGACCUCGAUACUCUCACCAGCGCUCCAACAGAUCGCGAGGACGUUCACUCCAGAUCCGAUCUGCUGGCGCAGUUCUGGGUGACAUGCCUGAUAAUGGUGAACCGCGAUCUCCUGAUUACAUAGGGAGGAACGCUCGUGGAAGGUUCCCUUUUCCCAUCAGGGCCAUCACGACCCAGAAUACCAGCGCCCCAAGAGAUGGCGACUCCUCCGCCAGAGGGUCGAAUCCUCUCGACAUGAGCGAGACACCGGAGGAAAGCAAUACACCUCUACCCAUGGACGACGAGAACGACAUCUCCCUCCACUACGCACGAAUGAUGAGGAAAUUGGACUCGACGCAUCGCAAGGCCAUUCUCUUCAAGGACAAGCAAGUGGCGGAGCUUCGGGAGAAACUGAACGAAAAGGACAUUGUGUUGAGACAGCAGCUACGGGCCAAAGAUUUCAUCAUUGAUGAUCUGAAGAAACGGCUGAGCAAUCUCGAGGAGAACGUGGAGGUGAUGCUGGAAAAGGCCCGACAUCAAGUGGAGGAUCUGUGGGAGUCUCGGUGGAAAGAUCGUGACUUUCAUCUGCGAGAGCGCAUGAGACGCAUAGAGGAGGAGGCACAGAAGACGAUCGAGCGAGUGAGGGUCUGUCAAGGACAGUCCGAACAAGGCCCGAACAGUAAUGAGUAGGCGGGCCAGCUGCGAUAAAAGACGCCACCAGAGAGGGCGAGAGCUGGAUGAAUGUAACGAGCUGGACGGGUGAAUAGGGUUCCUUUCUACCGGGAUCGCGGAGAGGUGACCUGCGACAAUUAGUUACCACGAGUAAUGAGGUGGAGGAUUUUUCAUAUAGAAUUGAGCAUAUACGGAAUGCGGUGCAGUGGUGGACAGUGUAGCUAGGGAACCACAGCACUUGUUUCCGAUGUUGGCCGAGUGCGCAGUCUUCGGGCGGGAGGCUGGAAGUCUCGAAGCCUGUGCAGCUGGUG